AUGCGAAGCAGUCUCAACGAUAUUCUCAAUUGGUGCAUCGCUAUUCUUGAUGCAGAGCGAAAAGAAGACGAAAGCGCAAAUAUUAAUGGACAAGACCAUAUCCAAAAGACAAAAAGUCCUUUGAAACAGGUGAAGCGAGUCCGCAAGCCAGCCACAUAUGGGAUGAGAUGGGUACAAAGGCAGCUUCCAUCUUCCAUGCUUGGCGCUUUUAGUGGGAACUCUUUAUCUCGGGACAAGGACCAUGGAAAAACCCAUCUCCAAUACAACCUAGGCAAAUCUGCCGAAUCUUUUCAGAUGAUCGGACAUACCGGUGGCAUGGACGGGUCAGUUUUCACUGUAUUCACGUUUCCAGAGACUCAGAGCGCGGUGGUCACAAUGACGAAUGGGCGUGACUUUGGCGACGCGAGUGAUUUCACGGCGCAGAUUUUGACUCAGGCACUAUUUGACCUCAAACCCUCCAUCGACCUUAUUCCUUGGGCGAAGAGGGAAGCGGAGCUGCGACCAAGUCAUCAUGAAAUUAGGCUCGGCCGACCCUGGACAGAAAAUAGGUGUCCCUCUGCUCCUCAGCGAGAUAUUGCGUUGUAUGUGGGACAAUACCGUGGAUUCGGUGAUCGCUUCACACUGACUAUUAACACCGAGUGUGCAACCUGUCACGAGGUAUUCAAUGUGGAUACCAAGAUUUCUGUGGUUUCCAAUGAUCGGAAGAAGUCGAAAUGCCCGUUGAUCUUUUACAAAGAAGAUGUGUAUAGCUUUUUCGAUCCAGACGAGAAAGUCUGGAAAACGAGGCAAAUUCCAGCACAUGACUACAACCAGACUUUGCUGAAGUUCCAGGUCGAAGAGGGAGCUCACAAGGCAUGUGGUCUCUGGUGGCAGUGGGAUACCGACAGAGCCAGCUUGAUUGCGAUUUUUCAGUGGUUUUAA